AUGUCAACCACCUCGUCUUCUUCGUCACGUGACGGAGGAGACGGUGGAAAUGGAGGUGCCGGAGAGUUUGAAGGACCGUCGCAAUCUCGUCAACGCUUCAACAGCGCUGUAUGGCCGGAGCCGUUCCUUGAAGCUCUUGCUACUCAAGUCGCUAUUGACGCCGCUCUCUCAUUUGGCCGCCUUGCCGCUGCUCCUGCUCUCUUCAAUCUCUUCCAGGUUUGUAGAACAUGGAGAACUGUAUCCCAGUCUGAUCUCCUAUGGCAAACCCUCACACGACGUAUUUGGCAUCGCAACCAUCUCCUCCAUCCCUCUUGGCAUGAUGAAUACAUUUACCGCCACCGAACUGCUAGAAACUUCCGUGUCAGGAGGUGUUUGUACACAACCCUACACUUCCCUCCCAAUGAUGACAACACCAACGACAGCCUUUCUUGCCGUUGCCUUGCACUAUCUGAUUACCACCUAGCCGCUGGAUUUUCUGAUGGGUCUGUUCGCCUAUUUCACCUCCUUACCAGGCUCCACCUGUCCACCUUCCACCCCCACCAACGCAAUCAUCUUGGCCCAUUCUCCCGUGCUGUAUGUGGGAUCUUUUUUACAGAUAACAGGGUAGUUUUUGCCUCCCUCGAUGGUGAUAUUCAUGUUGCAUCCGUCAAUGUUCCAGGAGCUCCACGGAGGGCCCACUUGGGUGAUGUGGUCACUGAUGGUGUCCUUGUGGAUUUCACAGGUUGUAACCGGUGGUGGAUCGGCCUUUAUGCAGGUGUUCCAAACCGUGCCUUCCAUGUACGAAAUGGUAAUACCGAAGAACUUGUAUUCAUUGGUGGCACAUUGACCGACCCAGAUGCUGUAACUGGUUGGCACCUACUGACAGACCUAAGUGAGCAGGUUGGGCGAAUCCGCAUAACAAGUGAAGAUCGGGCGGUGGCUUUCACCAGCAGCAAGGUUCUUGUAUUUGAUUUGAGAAGCCAAAUGAUUUUAGGAGAAGAAGAGUUUGUAAGGCGGAUUAAUGUUGGUGCAGCUGAUGCGUAUGAUAAUGCUCUUAUGUUCGUAAAUAGUAGGGGGGUAGGUAAUGUGCGGGAGGUGGGUAGUUUGGAGGAAAUGUGUAGGUUCAUGGCGAGGGGCGGGGUGAUCGGUUGCAUGAACGGUGGCUACUGUAUAAUAUGCUGCAGUGGGGGUGGGGUUAGGGUUUGGGAGUUGAAUCACGGACAGUACUUGUACAGUUUUAGAGAAAGGGUCGGGGAUCGCACGAGUGCCUUGAUCGCAGAUGAACGGUAUGUAGCGGCUUGUACUAGUGACAACACCAUUCACCUAUGGGAUUUUGGAGCAACCUAA